AUGCUUUCCAAGAUCAUACUCGCGUCUCUCGCCGCGGCGCCCGUGCUGGCGGCUCCCGCCGGCGCCCAUCACCACGCACGUCGUGAUGCGGUGACGACGGUCGUUCAGUACGUGACCGCUGGCGGCUCCUCCGCGCCAGCGGCGUCGUCCGCGGUGUCAUCCGCGGCGUCAUCGCCUGCGGCUUCCUCGUCCAAGGCCUCUUCGUCGGGUUCGUCAUCGCCGUCGUCGUCGUCGGCUUCGCCUUCCUCCUCCUCCUCCUCCUCCUCCGGUAUCUCCGGCGACCUCUCCGCUUUCUCCGGCCCCUCCUCCAAGUUCCAGGACGGCACCGUGCGCUGCUCCGACUUCCCCUCCGGCCAGGGCGUCAUUCCCCUCUCGUGGGUCGGAUUCGGCGGCUGGGCCUCUAUCAUGUCCGACGACGGCUCCACCGCGGACUCCUGCCAAGACGGCUACUACUGCUCUUACGCGUGCCAGCCCGGUAUGUCCAAGACACAGUGGCCAUCGCAGCAGCCCUCCGACGGCCGCUCCGUCGGCGGACUCGAGUGCCGCAACGGCUACCUCUACCGCACCAACUCGGACUCCGAGUAUCUGUGUGAGUGGGGCCAGGACUCCGCGUACGCGGUCAACAACAAGGGCCAGGACAUCGCCAUGUGCCGCACGGACUACCCCGGCUCCGAGAACAUGGUGAUUCCCACGGUCGUCGGCGCGGGCUCCUCGCAGCCCGUGUCUGUCGUCAAAGAGGACUCAUACUACAAAUGGGGCGGUAAGAAAACGUCCGCGCAGUACUACGUCAACAACGCCGGCGUCGGCGUCGAGGACGGCUGCGUGUGGGGCACCGACGGGUCUGGUGUCGGAAACUGGGCGCCAGUGGUGCUUGGCUCUGGCUACACGGACGGAAAGACUUACCUGUCGAUCAUCCCCAACCCUAACAACAGCGACGCGCCCAACUUCAACGUGAAGAUCGAGGCCGCGGACGGCGCCAGCGUGUCGGGCGAAUGCAAGUACGAGGACGGCAAGUACUCGGGCAGCGGCUCCGACGGCUGCACCGUGACGGUGACCUCUGGCACGGCCAACUUCGUGUUCUACUAG